CUGGCAGACGCGCAAACCCGAAAGAAGCAUCACGAGAUCAGAACCUCUUCGACCCCGUCCACCCCCGUCAAUACCUUAAUACACCUCGCGCCCCCCCAGCUCUCCGAGGAGGAGAUCAAGCAGAUGGAGGCCGAGGCUAGCUUCACCAUCCAGCAGGUCGCCGUCUCCGCCGUCCUUCUCUACCUCUCCCCCUUCGUCAUCGAUGCCGCCUCCAAGGUCUUGUAA